UUAAGCGGAAAUAGAAGCUUUCUUUUCUCUAUUUAAGCGCGCCAACAAAGACUGUCACAGAAGGGCUGUCUGUGCUUCACUCAUUGCACACCAACACUGUCUUAUCUCUUCCCACCGAGGUUAUUUACACCCUGAGGAGAAAAUGCCAGAGGAAACGUCCACCGCGUCGAGCUCUGGAAGUGCGGAAGAGAAGCCGUGCUCCUCAUCAGCAGCAGCUGCUGCAGACAGCUCUGUCGACGUCAUGGAGGAGGCAAAGAAACUGAUUGGCACAGGGAAUAGGCAUCUAGUCAUGGGAGAUGUUGUUUCUGCUGUCAGCGUGUUUCAGGAUGCCUGCAGCAUGCUGGCUGGGAAGUACGGUGACACUGCAGAUGAGUGUGGUGAGGCAUUCUUCCUUUGUGGGAAGUCCCUGCUGGAGCUUGCCAGGAUGGAGAACAGUGUCCUUGGUAAUGCCCUGGAGGGAGUCCCAGAGGAGUCGGAGGAAGAGGAGCAACCCAAGGACUCCAACAUUGAGAGUGCCAGUAACCUUGAUGAAAAAACUAGGGAUGAGCUACGGCAGCAGGUGUAUGAAGCCAUGGCAGAGGAGGAAAAAUCUGUGGCUGCUAAAACCAAACCAGAGUCUGAGGAUGUAAAGAGUAACGCUGAGGUGAAAAAGGAAAACGGUGUGGCAAAGUCCCCAAAGAUAAAUAAAGUAAAUGGCUCAGCGGAAACUUCACGUUCCCCCGACAAGAGUUUGGCCAAGGGAACUAAAGUGAACGGAGUAGAGGAGAACUCGGCUGCUCCUGUGAACGGUGCCGGGAAGCAAAACGGCAAAGAGAUGAAGGCAAAAGACGAGGAAUCCAAGAAGAGUGAAGAUGAUGAGGAGGAGGAUGCAGAGGGCAAUGAUGAUGACGACGAUGAUGAUGAUGAUGACGAUGAGGAAGAUGGAGAGACUAAUGGACAAGAAAAGGAAGAAGAUGAAGUUGGUAAUUUGCAGUUGGCGUGGGAAAUGCUGGAGGUGGCUAAAGUCAUCUACAAAAGAAAAGAGAGCAAAGACGAUCAGCUGAUGGCAGCACAGACGUAUCUGAAACUUGGAGAAGUCAGUGCUGAGUCAGGUAACUAUCCCCAAGCACUGGACGACUUCCAGGAGUGUCUCACCCUGCAGCUGAAGCACUUAACUCCCCACAGUCGUCUGCUGGCUGAGACCCACUACCAUGUCGCCACCACACUGUGCUACAUGGACCAGUACAGUCAGGCCAUCCAGCACUACAACAGCUCCAUAAAAGUCAUCGAGACACGUCUGGCCAUGUUGCAGGAGGUGAUCUCCGCAGCAGGUGGGGAAGCAGAAGAGAAGAAUGAGAUGGAGGAGCUGAAGCAGCUUCUCCCUGACAUCAGGGAAAAGGUGGAGGAUGCCAAGGAAAGCCAGAAAACAGCCAGCGCUGCAUCCCAGGCCAUUCAGCAGACACUAGGCGGAGCUUCAACCUCAUCAGCAUUCAUGUGUGAAAACGGAGGUGCUUCAUCAUCUUCAUCUUCAGCAUUUGCAGCACCAAGCCAGAUCCCGGUGAAAUCAUCUGGCAGCUCCUCGUCUUCCAAAGCCGCCUCAGACAUCUCCCACCUGGUCAGGAAAAAGAGGAAAACAGAAGAGGAGAGCCCAGUAAAGGACACUGAUGCUAAACAAGCAAAACAGGAAGCCACAGUUAAUGGCAGCGGUGACUCUAGUGCCAGCAACGGCAAAGGAGUCAAGGAAGGAAAAUCACAGGAGUCUGCCAGCCAGUCAUCUUCCGUCAAGUCUUCAGCGUGACUUUCUUCAACUCUUCUCUGAUCUUGGAAACCAGCACAGCAUGCCUGUCCAGCCCUUCUCCACCUUUACAACACUUUUGUUUCUGUAAAUAAGAUCCAUUUUCAUAGAUUUGUCUGUCAAGUUUUGUAUACUUGUAGUAAAAAAAAAAAAAAGAAUAAAAAAUUUGCA